UGCAUGCCCAAUCCCCCGUCAAAACGCUCACACUCUUUACCCCCAACACCACGCACAAAAAACACACAAGAUAAAUUCUGUGUCUUUUUUGACUCUGCCAGUUUCUCUUCUUUCUCUAGAAAGGGAUCGAUCGGGCGCGCUGCUGUGCCACCAGAUUUACGAUGGGGAGGAGGAGGAACUCGCCGGUGAACGAGCUGUUUCAAUGGGUGAGGAGGCAGUCAAUCAAAGUCAAGGUUUGUCUGGGUAGCCUGCUGGCAUUGUGUGCUUUGGUGGCACUGAGGUUUUGGGUGAAGAAUCACAACUACUUUUUCAUUGCCUCUGAAGUCGUGCAUGUCGCCGGGAUCGUCGUCCUCAUUUACAAGCUCACUACUCAGAAGACUUGCUCGGGUCUUUCCCUGAAGACUCAGGAACUCACAGCUCUCUUCCUAGCAGUAAGAUUAUUUUGCAGUACCAUGAUGGAGGGCGACAUUCACACCGUGCUCGAUUUUUCUACUCUCGUUUCAACAGUGUGGGUCAUAUACAUGAUACAGUUUAAAUUGAAGUCAACCUACAUCAAGGAACUGGACAAUUUUCGCUUAUAUUAUGUGGUGGUGCCUGCUGCUGUCCUUGGCGUGCUUGUCCACCCGUAUACACUAUAUAACCGCAUCAGUCGAAUCCUUUGGGCAUUUAGUGCAUACAUGGAAGCCGUUUCAGUACUGCCUCAACUCCGUUUGAUGCAGAAUGCGAAGAUGAUCGAACCAUUUACCUCACAUUACGUAUUUGCAUUGGGCAUUUCAAGGUUCUUCGCGUGUGCUCAUUGGAUUAUUCAGAUCUACGAGACCAGAGGAGGAUAUAUAUUUUUAGUCGGGAGCGGGUAUUUCUGGAUUUUGGCAGUUUUCCUCUGUGAGAUGGUCCAAACAUUCAUCUUAGCUGACUUUUGCUACUACUACAUAAAGAGUAAAAUGGAAGGGCAGCUGGUAAUGAGGAUGCCUCCGGUCUAGGAUUACACCCGCCAUCGGUUUUCGGAUGACUAUACAAAGUUACAAUCAUCACGUGACAUGAGGAAGCAAACGAGGAAACCAAGCUAUGUAAUGGCCUCUUUUCUUUUUUUCUUUUUUUUCUUUAUUUAUGCUUUUGGGUGUAGUAAGACAUGGUUAGUACAAAACAAAAGAAAAGGAAAACCGAAAGACCAGAGUUGUUGUGGUUUAUCUAUUUUUUUUCGCUCAUCAUAUGUACAGAUGAAUUUUGUUGUGGUCA